CCACCUACCUCCCCGCCGCUCCAGAGGGGGCUCUCAGAGCUGAGGACGCGCGCAGCGCUGCUCAAGGUCUCUCUCUCUCCGCACCCUCGCCGGCCGGCAUCUGACGCGGGUGCCAGGGGGCUCCCGGCACCUUUCAGUGUCCCUUCCCUCGGCCAGCCAGGACUCCGCAACCCAGCAGUUGCCGCUGCGGCCACCGCCCGAGGGUACCAGCGGACAGGACGCCGGCAGGAGGAGCGGUGCGCAGCGCCCGCGCAGAGCGUCUCCCUCGCUGCGCAGCGAGACUCGGGCCUCCGGGCCCCAGGAGCCCCCAGCUGCCUCGCCAGGUGUGUGGGACUGAAGUUCUUGGAGACGGGCGUCCGACUCUUCAAGGUGAACUAUGACCACUUUACUCUGGGUUUUUGUGACUCUGAGGGUCAUCACUGCAGCUGUCUCAGUGGAAGUUUCAGACCAUGACAACUCGCUGAGUGUGAGCAUCCCCCAACCGUCCCCGAUGAGGGUCCUCCUCGGGACCUCUCUCACCAUCCCCUGCUAUUUCAUCGACCCCAUGCACCCUGUAACCACCGCCCCCUCCACCGCCCCCCUCGCCCCAAGAAUCAAGUGGAGCCGUGUUUCCAAGGAGAAGGAGGUAGUGCUGCUGGUGGCCACUGAAGGGCGCGUGCGGGUCAACAGUGCCUACCAGGAUAAGGUCUCGCUGCCCAACUAUCCCGCCAUCCCUAGCGACGCCACCUUGGAAAUCCAGAGCCUGCGCUCCAAUGACUCUGGGGUCUACCGCUGCGAGGUGAUGCACGGCAUCGAGGACAGUGAGGCUACCAUGGAGGUCGUGGUGAAAGGCGUUGUGUUCCAUUACAGAGCCAUUUCCACGCGCUACACCCUUGACUUCGACAGGGCUCAGCGGGCCUGCCUGCAGAACAGUGCCAUCAUCGCCACACCUGAGCAGCUGCAGGCCGCCUAUGAAGAUGGCUUCCACCAGUGUGACGCCGGCUGGCUGGCCGAUCAGACUGUCAGAUAUCCCAUCCACACUCCCCGGGAAGGCUGCUAUGGAGACAAGGAUGAGUUUCCUGGCGUGAGGACAUAUGGCAUCCGAGACACCAAUGAGACCUAUGACGUAUAUUGCUUCGCCGAGGAGAUGGAGGGUGAAGUCUUUUAUGCAACAUCUCCAGAGAAGUUCACUUUCCAGGAGGCAGCCAAUGAGUGCCGGCGGCUGGGUGCCCGGCUCGCCACCACGGGCCAGCUCUACCUGGCCUGGCAGAGCGGCAUGGACAUGUGCAGCGCUGGCUGGCUGGCCGACCGCAGUGUGCGCUACCCCAUCUCCAAGGCCCGGCCCAACUGCGGGGGCAACCUCCUGGGUGUGAGGACCGUCUACCUGCAUGCCAACCAGACGGGCUACCCCGACCCCUCAUCCCGCUAUGACGCCAUCUGCUACACAGGUGAAGACUUUGUGGACAUCCCAGAAAACUUCUUUGGAGUAGGGGGUGAGGAGGACAUCACCAUCCAGACGGUGACCUGGCCUGACGUGGAGCUGCCACUGCCUCGAAAUAUUACCGAGGGUGAAGCCCGAGGCAACGUGAUCCUUACUGCAAAGCCCAUCUUCGAUGUCUCCCCCAGUCCUCUGGAGCCUGAGGAGCCCUUCACAUUUGCCCCUGAAAUAGGGGCCACUGCCUUUCCUGAGAUUGAGAAUGAGACUGCAGAGGCCAGCAGGCCCUGGGCCUUUCCCACGCCUGGCCUGGGCCCUGCCACAGCCUUCACCAGUGAGGAUCUCGUUGUGCAGGUGACUGCUGUCCCAGGUGCAGCUGAGGUCCCUGGGCAGCCGCAUUUGCCAGGGGGAGUCGUGUUCCACUACCGCCCGGGACCCACCCGAUACUCGCUGACCUUCGAGGAGGCGCAGCAGGCCUGCCUGCGCACCGGGGCGGUCAUUGCCUCUCCAGAGCAGCUCCAGGCCGCCUACGAAGCUGGCUAUGAGCAGUGUGACGCCGGCUGGCUGCGGGACCAGACUGUCAGAUACCCCAUUGUGAGCCCACGGACCCCAUGCGUGGGUGACAAGAACAGCAGCCCAGGAGUCAGGACGUAUGGCGUGCGCCCAUCAACAGAGACCUACGAUGUUUACUGCUAUGUGGACAGACUUGAGGGGGAGGUGUUCUUCGCCACACGCCUUGAGCAGUUCACCUUCCAGGAAGCACUGGACUUCUGUGAAUCUCACAAUGCCACGCUGGCCACCACUGGCCAGCUCUACGCCGCCUGGAGCCUCGGCCUGGACAAGUGCUAUGCCGGCUGGCUGGCCGACGGCAGCCUCCGCUACCCCAUCGUCACCCCAAGACCUGCCUGUGGUGGGGACAAGCCAGGCGUGAGAACCGUCUACCUCUACCCUAACCAGACGGGCCUCCCGGACCCGCUGUCCCGGCACCAUGCCUUUUGCUUCCGAGGCGUUUCAGCAGCUCCUUCUCCAGGAGAAGAAGAGGGUGGCACACCCACAUCACCCUCUGGUGUGGAGGACUGGAUCGUGACCCAAGUGGUGCCUGGUGUGGCUGCUGUCCCCAUGGGGGAGGAGACAACUGCUGUACUCUUAGGCGAGACUACUGCAGUCCCAGAGUUCACCACUGAGCCAGAAAACCAGACAGAAUGGGAACCCGCCUACACCCCAAUGGGCACAUCCCCACUGCCAGGGAUCCUUCCGACUUGGCCUCCCACUGGCGCAGCAACAGAGGAAAGCACAGAAGGCCCUUCUGCAACUGAAGUGCCCUCUGCCUCAGAGGAACCAUCCCCCUCAGAGGAGCCAUUCCCCUCGGUGGAACCAUUCCCCUCAGUGGGGCCAUCCCCUUCGACGGAGCCGUCCCCCUCGGUGGAACCAUUCCCCUCCCAGGAGCCACCCACUUCAGAGGAACCAUCAGCUUCAGAAGAGCCAUACACACCUUCAACCCUGGUGCCCAGCUGGACUGAGCUUCCAGGCUCUGGGGAAGAAUCUGGCGCCCCUGAAGUCAGUGGUGACUUCACAGGCAGUGGAAAUGCUUCAGGACACCUUGACUUCAGUGGGCAGCUGUCAGGGGACAGGGCAAGUGGACUGCCCUCUGGAGACCUUGACUCCAGUGGUCUUACUUCCACAGUGGGCUCAGGCCUGCCUGUGGAAAGUGGACUGGCCUCAGGGGAUGGAGAGAGAAUUGAAUGGUCCAGCACACCUAUGGUUGGUGAACUGCCCUCUGGAGGUGAGAUCCUAGAGGGCUCUGCCUCUGGAGCUGGGGACCUCAGUGGACUUCCUUCUGGAGAAGUUCUAGAGACUUCUGCCUCUGGAGUAGGAGACCUCAGUGGACUUCCUUCUGGAGAAGUUCUAGAGACUUCUACCUCUGAAGUAGAAGACCUUAGCAGACUUCCUUCUGGAAGAGAAGGUCUAGAGAUUUCUGCGUCUGGAGUAGGGGACCUUAGUGGACUUUCUUCUGCAGGAGAAGUUCUAGAGACUACUGCCUCUGGAGUAGAGGACAUUAGUGGGCUUCCUUCUGGAGAAGUUCUAGAGACUUCUACCUCUGGAGUAGGAGACCUCAGUGGGCUUCCUUCUGGAGAAGUUCUAGAGACUUCUACCUCUGGAGUAGGAGACCUCAGUGGGCUUCCUUCUGGAGAAGUUCUAGAGACUUCUACCUCUGGAGUAGGAGACCUCAGUGGGCUUCCUUCUGGAGAAGUUCUAGAGACUUCUACCUCUGGAGUAGGAGACCUCAGUGGGCUUCCUUCUGGAGAAGUUCUAGAGACUUCUACCUCUGGAGUAGGAGACCUCAGUGGGCUUCCUUCUGGAGAAGUUCUAGAGACUUCUACCUCUGGAGUAGGAGACCUCAGUGGACUUCCUUCUGGAGGAGAAGUUCUAGAGACUUCUGCCUCUGGAGUAGAGGACAUCAGUGGGCUUCCUUCUGGAGAAGCUGUAGAGACUUCUGCCUCUGGAGUAGAAGAUGUCAGUGAACUUCCUUCAGGGGAAGGUCUAGAGACCUCUGCUUCUGGGGUAGAGGACCUCAGCAGGCUCCCUUCUGGAGAAGUUCUAGAGACUUCUGCCUCUGGAGUAGGGGACCUCAGUGGACUUCCUUCUGUAGGAGAAGUUCCAGAGACUUCUGUCUCUGGAGUUGGGGACCUCAGUGGACUUCCUUCUGGAGAAGAAGGUCUAGAGACCUCUGCUUUUGGAGUAGGGACUGACCUCAGUGGACUUCCUUCUGGAAGGGAGAGUCUAGAGACUUCAGCUUCUGGAGCUGAGGAUCUCAGUGGGUUGCCUUCUGGAAAAGAAGACUUGGUGGGUUCAGCUUCUGGAGACUUGGACUUGGGUAAACUGCCUUCUGGAACUCUAGGAAGUGGGCAAGCUCCAGAAACAAGUGGACUUCCCUUUGGAUUUAGUGGCGAGUAUUCUGGGGUGGACCUUGGAAGUGGCCCAUCCUCUGGCCUGCCUGACUUUAGUGGACUUCCAUCUGGAUUCCCAACUGUCUCCCUAGUGGAUUCUACAUUGGUAGAAGUGGUCACAGCCUCCACUGGGAGUGAACUGGAAGGGAGGGGAACCAUUGGUGUCAGUGGUGCAGGAGAAGUAUCUGGGCUGCCUUUCAGUGAGCUGGACAUUAGUGGGGGAGCUAGUGGACUCCCUUCGGGAACUGAACUCAGUGGCCAAGCAUCUGGGUCUCCUGACAUCAGUGGGGAAACAUCUGGACUCUUUGGUGUCAGUGGACAGCCCUCAGGGUUUCCUGACAUCAGUGGGGGAACAUCUGGGGUUUUUGAGGUUAGUGGGCAGCCAUCAGGGUUUCCUGACACCAGUGGGGAAACAUCUGGAGUGACUGAGCUUAGCGGGGUGUCCUCUGGACAACCAGGUGUUAGUGGAGAAGCAUCUGGAAUCCUUUAUGGCACUGGUCAACCAUUUGGCAUAACCGACCUGAGUGGAGAAACAUCCGGGGUCCCUGAUCUCAGCGGGCAGCCUUCAGGGUUGCCAGAGCUCAGUGGGGCAACGUCAGGAAUCCCUGGACUGGUUUCUGGUGCCACGAGUGGCAGCGGUGAAUCUUCUGGCAUUACAUUUGUGGACACCAGUUUGGUCGAAGUGACCCCUACAACGUUUAAAGAAGAAGAAGGUUUGGGGUCUGUGGACCUCAGUGGACUCCCUUCUGGAGAGGAAGAUCUGUCAGGCAAAUCUGGGAUAGUGGAUGUCAGUGGACAGUUUUCUGGAACUGUCGAUUCCAGUAGGUUUACAUCCCAGACUCCAGAAUUCAGUGGCCUACCAAGUGGCAUAGCUGAGGUCAGUGGAGAACCCUCUGGAGCUGAGAGUGGGAGCAGCCUACCCUCGGGAGCAUAUUCUGGCAGUGGACUUCCAUCUGGUUUCCCCACUGUCUCUCUUAUAGACAGAACUUCGGUGGAAUCUGUAACCCAAUCUCCAACAGCCCAAGAAGCAGGAGAAGGGCCUUCUGGCAUUAUAGAACUCAGUGGUGCCCAUUCUGGAGCACCGGACCUGUCUGGGGACCAUUCUGGAUUUCUGGACCUAAGUGGGCUGCAGUCUGGGCUGGUAGAGCCCAGUGGAGAGCCACCAAGUACUCUGUAUUUUAGUGGGGAUUUUGCCAGCACCACUGAUAUAAGCGGAGAACCCUCUGUAGCCAUGAGCACCAGUGGAGAGGCUUCGGGACUUCCAGAAGUUACUUUAAUCACUUCUGAGUUUGUGGAGGGUGUUACUGAACCAACAGUUUCUCAGGAACUUGGACAGGGGCCCCCUGUGACACACACACCCCAGCUUUUUGAGUCCAGUGGAGAAGCCUCUGCAGCUGGGGACAUUAGUGGAGUUACCCUGGUGCUCUCUGGAUCUGGAGUAGAAGUGUCAUCUGUCCCAGAAUCUAGCAGUGAGACGUCCGCCUAUCCUGAGGCUGGGGUCGAGGCAUCUACUGCCCAUGAGGCCAGCGGAGAAGCUUCUGGGUUCCCUGAUCUGAGUGAAACCACCUCUGCAUUCCAUGAAGCUGACCUCGAGAGAUCCUCUGGCCUAGAAGUGAGCGGCAGCACUUUGACUUUUCAAGAAGGCAAGGGGUCAACUGCCCCAGAAGUGAGCGGCGAAUCCACCACCACUGAUGACGUGGGGACGGAGGCAUCAGUCUUGCCUUCGGCCACUCCCAUGGCUUCUGGAGACAGGACUGAAACCAGCGGAGACCUGUCUGAUCACACCUCGGGGCUGGGUAUUGUCAUCAGCACCAGCCCCCCAGAGUCUGAGUGGACCCAGCAUACCCAGCGCCCUGCAGAGGCACAUCUAGAAAUUGAGUCCUCAAGCCUCCUAUACUCAGGAGAAGAGACUCAAACAGCCAAAACAGCCACCUCCCCAACAGAUGCUUCCAUCCCAGCUUCUCCAGAAUGGACAGGUGAAUCAGAGUCAACUGUUGCAGCCCCUGCCAGGUCCUGUGCGGAGGAGCCCUGUGGUGCUGGGACCUGCAAGGAGACAGAGGGACAGGUCAUAUGCCUGUGCCCCCCUGGCUACACUGGCGAGCACUGCAACAUAGACAUUGAUGAGUGCCUCCCAAGCCCUUGUCUGAAUGGAGCCACCUGCCUGGAUGCCAUCGACUCUUUCACAUGCUUAUGCCUUCCCAGCUACGGAGGGGACCUGUGUGAGAUCGACCAGGAGGUAUGUGAGGAGGGCUGGACCAAGUACCAGAGCCACUGUUACCGCCACUUCCCGGACCGCGAGACCUGGGUGGAUGCGGAGCGCCGGUGUCGGGAGCAGCAGUCACACCUGAGCAGCAUCGUCACCCCCGAGGAGCAGGACUUUGUCAACAACAAUGCUCAAGACUACCAGUGGAUCGGCCUGAAUGACAGGACCAUUGAAGGGGACUUCCGCUGGUCAGAUGGACACCCCAUGCAAUUUGAGAACUGGCGCCCCAACCAGCCUGACAAUUUCUUUGCCGCCGGAGAGGACUGUGUGGUGAUGAUCUGGCAUGAGAAGGGCGAGUGGAAUGAUGUUCCCUGCAAUUAUCACCUGCCCUUCACGUGUAAAAAAGGCACAGUGGCCUGCGGAGAACCCCCUGCAGUGGAGCAUGCCAGGACCUUCGGGCAGAAGAAGGACCGGUAUGAGAUCAAUUCCCUGGUGCGGUACCAGUGCACGGAGGGGUUUGUCCAGCGCCACGUGCCCACUAUCCGGUGCCAGCCCAGCGGGCACUGGGAGGAGCCUCGGAUCACCUGCACAGACCCCACCACCUACAAACGCAGACUACAGAAGCGAAGCUCACGGCACCCUCGGAGGAGCCGCUCCAGUGUGCCCCACUGAGAGGAGCUUCCAGGACGCACCCAGGACGCUGAGCCCAGGAGCCUGCCAGGCUGACGUGGACCCACCCAGAUGGUGUCCUCUUCUUGUCGCUUUUUGUCAUAUAAGGAAUCCCAUUAAAGAAGGAAAAAAUAAAUCCCACAUUGUGUAUGCACCCACUCACCCCUCCAAAUCACCAAAACCACAUCUAAUUUGUCCGCUGAAUGCCAAAGCAAAGCCAACUUAUUAUAACUCGUGGACUAAAUUUAGAGACAUUUCUUCAAUCUCCCAUCGUGCCUUUUGAGGGACCAGUGCAGGGACAGGGGGAGAAGGGGAGGGGUUAAGUUAAAUAAAGAAGAUUAUUUUUGUUUCCUGACUUUAUCCAAGAGCAGUGCAAUGGUUGGUUAUUUCACCUCCAGGGAGAGCUAGGGAGGAGGGAGGAGGGCUCCGAAGGAGCUGGAAAGGGCAAAGGCCUGAGAGCAUGAGGAACUCGGAACCGCAGCAGAAUGUACUGGAUGAGAAGCCAGGAGGGCUGCACCGUCUGUCUGAGGGAGAAGCCUUGGGGGAGAGGGGCGGGUUCCUGCCUCCUGCCAAGGGUGAGCUGGCAGGGGAGAGCCAUCAGAGGGACCUUCCGCCGCAUGGGGCUUGGGUUCCCUCCAAGGGUCCGUCUUCCAGUGUCCUCUCACCUGGGUCUGCCACCCUAGCAGCUGGCAAUUUGGCAGGGCUGCUGAGGGCACUUCCUUCCCAGUGGGGGUGCCACCCAACCUUCUCCCCUCCCCGCCCCCUGCCCCCGGGACCGUGCAGGCACCAGGGUUCCGUGCACCUAUUUAUAUUUUUGAAAACUGAAGAUUAUGAUAUUAUAAUAAUAAUAAAGACAUUGGAAGAGA